UGCCAUAAGCCUUUGCCGGAGUGUCUUAGCAGUACCAAGCAGAUAUUAAAAGCCUCAAGUACAGCAUGAACAAAUAUCUGCAAUAUUUAUUAACCGCGGGGAGCUCAGAACGAGGCUAUGAUCCCUACAAUCCAGAGCUUCCAAGGCCCUCGCUGGAGGCGGAGGAUGGCGCUCUGGCUGACAUUACAGAUGUGACACCCGGUAUUCUGGAGCUGGAGCUGGUCAACAAGGCCAUUGAGGCAGUCAAAAAUGAAGUUGAGAGAGAGCAGAAAAAGUAUGAGGAGCUGCUAGAAACGACAAAGGAGUUCAGUGCUUCAGAGGCCUCCUCGCUCAUUUCGAAUACGCCUGUAUCAGCUGUUGGGACACAAAACGAUUCAUUUACCUCCUUAGAAUAUAAUCCAGGUAGCUACAACUUUAAUAAUAACUCGGACUACAACCCUACUCCUCUCGCUGCUGCUAGCCGGUCAAGUAAAUACACUUUGGAUACUUCCCGAUCUAAAGGUAGCUCACUGGAAUAUGUUCCCAAGGCUGUAGUACAGAAUAAAAAAUACAGUAGCACUGUCACUAACAAUAAAUAUGUGAUUGAUGACUCUAAGCCUUCCACAGACUUGGAAUAUGACCCACUUUCAAAUUACUCAGCCAGGCUUUUGAGCAAAGCCACAACAAAGGAGCCAAAGGGGUCUAAAAGGGGUAGGGUGUCUAGUUAUGACGAAUCUUAUUCUCCAUCGCGAAAGAAGCUCUGUGAAGUACCCGAUGACUAUGAAGUGUGUGCCAGGUUCUCUUCCUCUGAAGAUGAGGCUGAUGUGGAAUAUAAGCCAACUUCCGUUAGUUCACAAUCAAAAGCUGGUUCUGAAAGUGAAUCAAAUGAUGGGUUAUCCAACAAAGAGCAGAGCACCAAACUGGAUGACUUUGCUUCCCAGGAUAGCAAAGAAGCGGCAGCACAAUAUGGCGUGGAAGACCUUCCAAGUUCACAGAAAAGUCUUUCUAAAAACUUACCAGACAAGAAUGCAAAAGCAGCAAAAUUAUGUUCUGGUAAAAACGACCAGGAAAUUGAAAAUAAAAACAAAGACUCAAAAGACAAAACGAAAAGGAAGAAAUCGGAUGUUAGUAAAACACCUAGCCUCAAUGAGGUUGGUAAGAAGGAGAAAAGUAAAAAUACAGAAAAAGACAAAGUGCUCAAGAAAGAAGACAAAUUAAAAACCAAGAACGAAGAGAAAAACUGCAAAGAUAAAAGUGUCAAAGUGAAAACCGAUGUGAGUUUAAAGAAGCCUGAAAAACAAAAGUCAGAAAAAGUGGAUGGGCUUAAGAAAGAAAAAUCCAAGUCCAUCAGCAGUAGUUCAGGGAAAAGCAAGAGUGAGGGUGUCAUCAAAGGCUCUAGUAUGGAGAAGCUGGGGAGCAGCAAGAAAGACUCCAAGCUGAAAACAGCUGACGUGAAAAACGGUAAGGAAACCUGUGAUCGUAAAAACAAAGAGAAGGGGACCAAGACUCCAGCACUGGAGCGAAAGAAAGAAAAGGUCAGUUCUACAGAAAAAGGAGAUCCAAAGAAGGGUCGGAAGCAGCAGAGUUUGAGUCAUGUUGACCUGUUUGGCGAUGAGAGUGGAGAUGAUGAUGACAAAGGCCGGCCUUUACCAUCCACGUUACUUGGCGUGAGCUCAGACUCAGAUGUUGAUGACUGUGGUUCAGACUCUGAGAAUGAAAAUGAAGGGACAAAGAAAGUGAAGCGCUCUAAAUUGUCAAAGUCGUCGUCGUCUUCCUCAACAUCUGAUGACAUUGAUUAUUCCAUCCUUGAGAAAGACUUGGACUUUGAGUCAGAUCCAAUGGAAGAGUGUCUCAGGAUUUUUAAUGAAUCUACAGAUGUGAAAACUGAAGACAAGGGAAGGCUGGGGAAACAGCUAUCCAAAGAGGAAGGAAAUGAAGAAAAGACAGAAGAUAAUUUAACUACCUUGUUUCCUGGCCAAAAAAGAAGGAUCUCUCAUCUUGUCAAACAAGGAAAUGCAGAGGUCCCGAGCAAGCCUGUAAUCCGGCCGUACCGUCCCCCCACCGCUCAGGAGGUCUGUUACCAGAGGAUCCAGCUGGCUCAGCAGCAGGCGGCACAGCUGGCUGUGGCCGUUCAAAAGGCCUCUCUUUCUUUGCCAGGAGAAAAGAAGAGGAUUGCUCACGUGCCAAAUGUAGCCCUUUCCACAGCAGCCAAACAAAGCCUCGUGAGUAGUAAGACGACUGUUGCUGGCAGGAGUGUCACACCUUCCAAUGACUCUGAAGCACCCACCCUUUCUCUGAAGGCUUGCACCUUAGCUGGGAUGGCUUCAAAGACCACCAGCACCAUCGUGCCGAAAAGGAUAGCACAUGUUCCCUCCUUACAGAGCACCAGCUUACAGAGGCCUGUUAUUCCCACAGAAUUUGGUGCUAAAGUCCCAACAAACAUUCGUCAAAGAUAUCUCAAUCUCUUCAUUGAUGAGUGCCUGAAAUUCUGCUCUUCCUCCCAGGAGGCAUUUGACAAGGCUCUGUCAGAAGAGAAGGUGGCUUAUGAACGUAGCACCAGUCGCAACAUCUACCUGAAUGUGGCAGUGAACACCUUAAAGAAGCUCCGAAGCCUAGUGCCCAAUUCCCCGUCCAGUACGAACAAGACAAGUAACAAGAAAGUGGUGUCUCAUGAAGCUGUGCUGGGAGGGAAGCUUGCUGCUAAGACAAGCUUUACUCUAAACCGGUCAGGGAGCUUGAGAGCAGAGGAUUUAACAGGAGCUGCCUUGUACCGGCGACUAAAGGAGUAUCUCAUGACUGAGGAGCAGCUAAAGGAAAAUGGUUACCCAAUGCCUCACCCAGAGAAGCCCGGUCGCGCGGUCCUCUUCACUGCAGAGGAGAAAAAAACAAUUGACUCCUCCUGCAGGAUUUGUUGCCGCUGUGGCACUGAGUACAUGGUCUCAGCCUCUGGAAACUGCAUUCGCAAAGAGGAGUGUGUCCAUCACUGGGGAAGGCUACGCAAACAGAGAGUGCCAGGUGGAUGGGAAACUCAUUACAGCUGCUGCUCAGGAGCUGUGGGUUCACCAGGCUGCCAGGUUGCUAAACAACAUGUCCAUGAUGGGCGAAAGGAGAGCCUUGAUGGCUUUGUGAAGACUUUUGAGAAGUUGCCUACGACUGAUGGCUACCCUGGAAUCUACGCAUUAGACUGUGAAAUGUGUUACACUAAGCAAGGACUGGAGCUGACAAGAGUAACUGUGAUCAACUCUGACCUGAAAGUGGUAUAUGACACCUUCGUCAAACCGGACACCAAGGUGGUGGACUAUAACACUAGAUUCUCAGGUGUGACAGAAGAGGACCUGGAGAACACUAGUAUCACCCUGCGGGAUGUCCAAGCCGUCCUACUGAACAUGUUCAGUGCAGAUACCAUAUUGAUAGGGCACAGCUUGGAAAGCGACUUAUUUGCACUAAAGCUUAUCCAUGGUACAGUGGUGGAUACCGCAAUCGUCUUUCCCCACCGGCUGGGUUUGCCUUACAAACGGGCUCUCCGGACGCUGAUGGCAGACUACCUCAAGCGCAUCAUCCAGGACAAUGUGGAAGGGCACGACUCCAGCGAGGAUGCCAGAGCUUGCAUGGAGCUGAUGGUCUGGAAGAUCAAAGAAGAUGCUAAAGUGAAACGAUGACUUGCGUUUUCUCUCUCUCCUGUUCCUCCUCCACCUCUUUGAAGCAGUGCAAUAAAUGCUCAGAGUAACACUGUCCACCUGUACGCAGCAGCAUGCUACCCCAGACUCCCCAUGCACUCGCAGGUAUCUAUGGGACUUAAGGACUGCUGCUGGCGCAGCUGAACGGCACCAGCUCACUGCUUGCAGGUCCCUGUGUCCAGAUAGUGGCUCUCAGAUCCUCUUUACUCCACCUGAGGGAUACUCUGUGGUACAACAAUUGCCUUGUAGGCAUGGCAAGGUGGUUUUGAGUAGCGCAACCAGAGAGAACUUCUUGGUUCCUAGGAGAAGCUUUUAGACGUAGGUUGGAUACGUGAAGAACGAUCUUUCUGGUUCAGUUAAAGGUAGAUCUUUUUCUUUCUUUUUUCAAAUGUAACUUAAAUUGCCUCUGUACUCCAAAGCUGGUAGCUUCCCGCAGUGUCUGGAGAUGGGGGGAAAUGAAAGUAAGUUGGGCAGGAAGCUGUAAAGUGAGUGGAUUGCGUAGCUGGUGUGUGAAUGGCAAGCAAGGGGUGGUGAGAGCCGAGGAUCAAGCCAUCUGGGAGAAGAUCCUAGUGCAGUCCCACUGCGGAGGAGAAAGCCAGAGCUGCAAGAGAAGGAAUGCCGUCUCUGAGAGCGUGUAGUGGGAGCGGCAGGUCGGAGAGGAAUGAGAUGGGUUCAGGGGAAUUACCGCCUGCUGCGACCCAGGUGAUCUCUUCAGUGAGGGCUGGCAUCCUGGUUCUGCAAUCGCUGCAAAAGGGGGAAACCACAAGUGGCAGACCUUGCCCGGACCUCAGGGAGCCGUGUGGGUAGUAGUGAGGCAAGGGACAGCGGGGCUGGGACGAAUUGGGCUCCCGGAGCCAAGCAGCAACUCAGCCUUCCAGGAGAGGAGCCGUGCUGGGGAGGACAGCGGUAAGAGCAGGCGUUGUGUCUUUGGGUUAGGACAAGCUGUCCUUCCCCUGACCCUGAGCUUCCAGCAUGUCUCCAGAGAGCUUGUAUGUAGGGAUCAAGGUUUUUGGGGGGUCCUAGGUGCAGCUAAGAUUGCACCUAAGGGUGGCCCCUAGCAGUCUGCAGGACUCCCCGCUGGUCUGUCCCUGAUAGCAGGGACUUGAUGCAGGCAAGAGCAAAAGCAAUAGGUAAAAAUUAUUCUUUUAAACUAGUUUACGUGUUGGGUGUUUUAAGAAGAGCAAAAGACCCGGUUACUGUCUGUCUGGCCCCCUGCACAAAAGCAACUGUCGAGAAUGUGUCUCUGUCGCACUUGUGACGACUGGGCCAGGAGCACAGGCAGACUGGACGGCCCCAGUGGUCUCUCUCCACCCAGGCUCCGUUGCUGUCGGGGGAACAACAGAGCUGCUUGAAAUGGUCCCUGAUAGAUGAGGUCUUUCAGCUGAGGUCCAGGCAGCAGCUUAGCCCCAUUAUUAGAGCAGCGAUCGCCUCGCCCCUCCCAGGUGGGACUGGCAUUGCUUCCCAGCGGUGGCUGGUGUGGUGCUGGCCCCCGCGUCCCUGGUAUGGGCUGGCCGUGCUGCUCCGGUGGCAGUGGGGCAGGGGAGCUGCUGGGUUUUGGUUCCUGUUGGAGCUGGGUCCGGCUCGCUCCUUUGUAUCCCCGCUGGCGGCGCUGGACUCAGAGUUUGGGGACGUGCUGCGUGUCCCCCAGCACGUCCUGCUGACCUGUCCCACCUCCGUGCCCAGCGUGGUGGUGGGAAGGAGCGUGGGGCUGGGCUGUGCGCCAUGGGCAGGGGUGUCCUGCUCGGGCCCUUCUGCGUGGGCCGGAGGGUGCUGGUAUGUGCGCAAGCCCUGGGAAGCUCUCCCUGUCCCACUGCUGUCCUCAGAGGCGAGGAUGUGGCUUCCAGCGCCUCACCUCUGCCAGGCUCUCCUGAAGCCACCAGGAGAAGUGGGGACUGUAGAGGCUCCUGUUAUUGCUGCGCCCUUCUGUGUUUCCUCUGGCGGGCAGUGGCACGGGCUCCCAGCCUGUUCGUUACCCCAGAUUUCAGGCCGUGCAGCUCCCUGCCGCUCCCCCAGCGCUCCGUAGGGCACGUCGCAUCCAGCUCUCCUUGCAGCCCACCUUUGCCAAGCGUUGCAGCCGCCUCCUUCCCUGCCAUGGGGCUUCCACGUGAAGCAGGCUCGGGACACUGUGUCUUGUCCCCCUCUCCCAUCGCCUGCAGGGAACUAUGCUGUUCCUGCCCAGGCCGUGGGAGAGACGGAGAGAAAGUUCACUGCUUCCUGACGGGCGAGGGAAGGUUUAUUCCCCCUUCUGCCUCUUUCCCUUGUUUAUCCCCCCAUUUAUCUUCACCCCUGGCUGCAGCGACGGAGCGUACCUGGAGCAGCCCGCCGAUCUACCGUGCAGCCGCGUUAGAUUUCAAAGCCACCUCUUGCCUCAAGGUUCCCGUUACUUGACAGGCAGUCCCAGCUCCCUGGCCCUCUCCCGCAGCAGCUGCCUUCCCUGGAAAAGCCGGCACAUUUCUAACGUGGACCCAGUGUGCUGGUGUCCCGCUUGAGGUUGCUCAACUUGAUCCCACCGCCUGGGCUUGGGGAAGGCAGAACAUCGCUACAGGGUGCGUUCUUCCAGGCAUGAGUCCUGCCAGGCCAGGGGACCUCGGUCAUUUCCCCUUCCUUUCCCCACGGUUCAGCUGGGACCCCCUAAAAUGAGGCUUUUGGAGCGGGUUGUGUGGGGGGAGGUUGCCUGUCUUGCGGGAGGUUAGUGGGAAGGUGGAUCGCUUCCACCCGCGCUGUCGGUGGGGGUCAGAGCGAGCGUUGGACCCACGGGCUGCCAUCGCCUCCACCCCCGGGCGCCGUAACACUGUAAAACCAGAGGUUUGUGGUUGGUAAGAGGUUUUUGGGUUGUACAUAACUAUUGUAUCCUGUAACUUUUUGUAAUCGUUUUUAAUAAAAGGGUGUUGACUAGACGCA